UUUAGGGUAGAUGUAAACAACUGGCCAUACCAGGUGAUAAGCGAAAAAAGUUACCUUGACCUAGAGGUCUGGACAGGUUAUGACGUAACCACCAAGAGGGGAGUUAAUUUCACCGUUGAUGUUGUUCUUUGUAAGUAUGACGAUGCCAGGGCAAGGCGGGAUGGGGGGGGGGACGUGCAGUGGCGGAAGUAAAGCUUGAAGACGUGAAUUCAAGGGAGGUUGGCUGAAUAAACCUGGAACAAAAAUUUCCAUAGCUUCUCGCCCUUUUUAGGCUAAGCUCAAGGUGGAGUGUCUAAAUCACAUCCAUGUGCGAAAUAUUUGAUAAUAAUAACACAUAUAUAACAGUAAUAUGAGAGAUUUCUGAAGAAUAAAGGAAAUUUCAUCAAAAUGUAAUAUGUUAACUUUUCUAUACAUUGCAAACUAUGCAAAUCAGAAAGCUUCAUAAGACAACAUACGAAUGAAAAUCCCAAAUGAUAGUUUCAAAUGCGUUACUUUUAAUAAAGAGUAAGUUCAUUUUCGGUUUCCACUAUGUUGCAUACUUUUGGUCACAUAAUUUGUUUUAAAAUACAAUAUUAAAAUUUUGUCAUUUCCCUACCAGAAAUUGUUGUUCAUUUCCUGUCAUAAACGUAAAUAAUAUAUUUUAAAAAAUGUAUUCUCUACUUGAUGAUUGUUAUAUGAAUAAGACUAUACUUUGUAAAUUAAAUUUUAUUUUACAAUAUGCAGCAAGGUUUUUAAAAUGUUUUUUUAAAAACUUAUAAAGGAUUUGUGGAACCUCAAGUUACAUAUUACGAUUUUCUUCAUUCGUUCAUCUUUUGUAUAUGAAAAUAGUUUACUUUUUGUUCUACUAUUUUUAUUUAUACUAAGAAAUUUCUUUCUUCCCACUGUGCGCAUUCCUGACAAAGAUGAUUUCAAUUUUUAAAUUAUUCAGCUGAAGAUCUGUGUUACAAUGCUUCAUCCAAUGGGGCCGACUACAUUGGCAGUGCAUCAAUCACCGAGACGUAUGAGCCUUGCCUACCCUGGUCUAAGGCCGUAGACUGCGCGGACUUUCCAUCGUGAGUGGAGUUUAAUUCUGUUUAAUUUUAACUUAACCCCUGGAGCAGAGUGGGAUUCUGUUUGACAGGUUAAAUUUUUAUUUGAUAAGAAUUGCAGCAAAUAAUAACUUUAAAAACUUAUCAGCCAACAAUAGCUGAAAACAAUUGCAGCUUCAAAACGUGCAGCUAAUAAUGACUUAAAAUAAAAGUAGAUAAAAAUUGCCUUUAAAACUUACAGGUACAGAUAGUUUCAAACGCAAACGUUUAUUAAAAAAACAAACAAAAAAAAAGAACCAAACAAAAAACAAACUUGUGCCUAUUUCUUUCCCAGAGCUGAUGCGGAAUGGCUGAUCUCGUCCAGCAACUAUUGUAGAAAUCCACCCAGCAAGCUGCUGUCUCAGCCUUACUGUUAUACCAAAACAAACGGAACCAAUUGUGAAAAAAAAUACUGUGAUGUUUGCAACCUCAGUGAGUACAGCAACAAUUGCUGAUUCCAUUAUUACAAUCGCUGAUUCCAUUAUUACAAUUGCUAAUUUCAUCAUUAAAAUUGAUGAUUCAUUUAUUACUUUUAUUUAAUUUAAAGUAGCGAAUUGGUGUGUGUGUGUGUUUUCAUCUUUCAUAUUGAUUUUAAUUUUUAGUUAAAAUUGGCUUUUAAAAUUUACCUUUUAAAUGCUUCCAAAAAUAUUUAAUGUUUUUUAUAUAUAUAUCAAUGUAUAUAUUACUAUUAUAAGAAUUGAAAAAAUCUGAAGUAAAAAAUAACAGGUGACACAUUGGCAAAGACUUAGGGACACUACUUAUUUAUAAAUGUUUCUUUGAGACUAAACCUGAUACUCAUAUGGAUAAAUUUUUUCGAUAUAAAUUCUAUUAAUAAAUCAUUGUAAAGAGGCGAAUAUUGGCUGUUUCCUCGUAUUCCUCAGAGACACCAGUUGACGUCAUCAAGAAAUGUGCAGCCCUGAUAGCCGCGGACCCAACCUUCUGUGCCACAAGCGUUCAGCGAUACGGUUGCUUUGUGUCGUGCAACUACGCGCAGCCCUCUACCAGCCGAGGUAUCACUGUCAAAAUAUUUAGAUUUAAUUUAUAAGGAGACCGAUAGAAGUAUUUCCGGUUCGAUUGACAAAUAUUCUGAAAUGUUAAAUUAAAUUGUGGCUCUUUAAAACAUGCUAAUACAUAUUUAGAACUGACCAAAGAGAACGAAAUAGCAAUCAGAUUUCAAACCUGGGAAAAAAAAUUAAUAAACAAGUCGUCCUGCCUCAUUUAAGUUUCAAUCUUUAUCAGUUAAGGACAUUUUUAUACAUGCAGAUUUUAAAUUCAUAGUGUAAAUCACGUUGUAAAAAUCAUAGUAUCUGUAGAUACUGUAGAAGUCACGUAAAGCAAAUUUAACGAGUUUGUUUCUGGUCUAUUUCUGGCCCAGGAACAUGCGGACCUCCGACCAUCCCAUCCGAUGGUGCCCUGGUAGGCACAUUGAAAUCCAUCUACAAUGAAGGCGAGAGGGUCGAGGUCAAGUGCACAAAUGUAAAUCUGACCCAGGCCAACAACGUCGUGAUGUGCACCAGCAGCGGAUGGACCACACUGUCCAAGGCGUGUCGAGGUGCAGCCCCUUCACUCCCACAAUCCAUUGAACGAUUGCGUCAAUGUUCACAAAAAAACUGGGUUGUUGUUGUUGAUGUUGAUGUUGGUUCAUUGUUUGGCUAUUGAAUAUUACUAACGAAUAAUCAUAAUCUGAGACCCACUGAAUGUUUGGGAAAUUAACAAAACUUUUAACAUACGAUCUCAAAGUUCGCAACUUUAACCUUGGCAAUAGACCGGCAAUUUUUUGGUCGUGCAGAUAAAACUACUCCAUUCUAAAGGAAUCAAUAUAUUUGUAACAAUAAUAAAGUAAAUCCUAACCAUUGCGUUAACUUUGUUUCAAGCUGUAGAACACGCGUAUCUUUUGUUGUUGAACAAUUCUAAUGUCUUUAUUCCUUGUCGCUGUUGCUUUUAUUUUUAUUCAUAGUCCUUUAAUAUAUUGCAUGGUCUCGCUUGAAAAUGGAAAUAUUCGAAUGGUAUUUCCUCGAAAAAUCAUUUAAAGUAUAUAUAUAAAUAUUUUAUUUGAAUGACCGAUACUUACCACGUCUUAACAGAGUGCCCCCUGGGCUGGGUUAGCAAUGGCAACCGAUGCUUCAAAUACUUCACAGACAACAAAACGUGGAGCGCCUCCAGAUCCAUCUGCGCAACUUUCGGAUCUUCUGGAACUCUCUUGCGUGUCAGGGACCUUACUGAUCAGAAGAUGAUUAGAGACUACAAGAAUUUAGUUGGGAGCACGUGAGUUUAACAUACAACACUAUAUACACGUAUUGUUACACUUUGGCGUAGCUAGCGUUGGGGUCACCCGGUGCGGUAGACUCAUGGUGUCCCCCCCCCACCCGCCCGACUUCCACCUUUCGCGAUGGAUUUCUUCUUGUUAAAAAAAGUCAAAUGUAUAAAAAUGACGAGAGCAAAAACAAAUUAAUUGAAGGCCAGGAGGAAAAUGUAUUUCAGAACUGUAACAUGUACUUAGAAUCGUCCGACCACAUCGUGUUUGGUAUCAAUGGUAAUUUUUAUUUCUCAGAAUUUAGAUAAAUAUAGCUUUCUGUCACUCAAGAAAGUUACUGAAAACUUCAAUCGGAGUUGAAUCAUGGUCAAAACGGUGUUUUAUGACCUAAUUAUAGAGUCACAACAUUUCUGACGCAUCAACUUUGAAAUUUUAAUAAAACACGCAUUUUGAUUUGUUACAUGAGUGGACACUUAACGUGUCAACGUUUACCCUACCAUGGAAUUCUGUUAGACAGAGCAGUGUACGAUCUGUAAAUAUGCAAUUUAUCAAUGCGCGGUCACCCUUGAGAUGGUGUCACCCUUGAGAUGGUGUCCCCCUUGAGAUGGUGUCCCCCUUGAGAUGGUGUCCCCCUUGAGAUGGUGUCCCCCUUGAGAUGGUGUCCCCCUUGAGAUGGUGUCCCCCGGUUCGGUCCGAACCCCCGCAUACCCAAAGCUACGCAACUGUAGUUAGAGUAAUGUCUGGGUGUGAGAAGCCGUUCUCUGACAACACGAGAUGCAAAGAAAAACAAAAUGCUUAGUUCAGAAGUUCUUAGGGUAAUAAUAAUAAUAAUAAGAGGUCUUAUAUAGCGCGGUACCCCAGCCUAGGGCUGAGCUCACUGCGCUGUACAUAAAAUUUUUUAUCAAAAGAAACAUAAUCAUGACAUUAAAAUAAAAUAGGGUAGUCGUAGCAGUCGUAUCGAAUGUUUUUCUCUUGGCUUAUGGCCAUGUUGUGAAACUCUUUCAAUUUACGACAUAAACCACAGUCAUUUUUCCAGCAUCAAAGUCAGGUUUUAAAAAUUUAAAAUAUAAUUAAUCUUCUUUCUGCCUGAAGGAAUCGCCACUAGCUCUAAUAUAACAGAUGUAUGUUGAGGGAGUUCUGAUGUGUUUUCGUCCAAUGCAAGUUGUUCAACCUCAUCAUACUCUAAAGCCUCAAUGUUUACUAACAUCCCCAAAGUACUUUCCCUAUUCUUUUAUAUUACCACUGACCAUGUUAUAUCCAUUGGCCAAUAGAAUCACGCACGGCAACUGGAUAAGUGGACGCCUGGCCUCAACGACAGGCCCCUGGCAAUUCACAGAUUCAAGUAUAACGAUGACCUACUUCAACUGGACCUCUACUACAAGUAAGCUAUCGUGGUGUUUUCUACUCCAAGAAAGAUAAUGUGGUGUUAACUAAUACAAAUUAGCUAUUGCUAAAACUGCCACAACAAGAAAGAUGUGAUACUACUACAAGUAUUUUAUUGUUGUAUUUUCUUCUAGUAAUUUUUUUUCUAAUACCGGUAAACGUUAUCUAAAGUUAAACUUAAUAUAACAACAUCUUACCUAAAACAUUACCGACCUAUAAUUCUACUAUCCCGAAUGUUUUCAUUUCCUCUAGUCAAAAACAGCUUGUCCUACGACUGCAUCAAGCUCAUCGCCGAGUACGAGGCUGCCAACAAUCAGGGCGGCUGGAAGACCAUGGACUGUGAGGGAACGCACGCCUGUCCUUACAUGUGUCAGAUUGACAGCAAUGGUGAGUGGUGACUGGCGUUAAAUGUUUAAAGAUUAUGCAUGCAAGUGCGGCAGGAAGACGUUGAUAACUCGAUAUUACUCUUGCGUACGUCUUAGUUGAAUGAGACUGUUAAAUAGAUAUGUCAAAAUUGUGUGAGGAAACAUUACGCCAGACUACUUUUUUGCCCAUUGACGUGGCAGAUGUCUGUUGAAAACUGUCACGCUGCGUGUAAGUGGCAAGAGCAUCUAUAGUACGCCCGUAAAGCACUUUUAUAUAUAUAUAUUUUUUUUUUUUAAACAAUUAUUUCAAACUUUUUAAGAUUUGUACGCAAUUCUAUAAGUCAGCGGUUCUCAACCUAUGGGUUGCAAACCCCUUUUGGGGUCAAACGACGCUAACGAAGGGGUCGCCUAAGGCUAGAACCAUCGGAAAACACAUAUUUAUGAAGAAGAAACGAAAAUAAUUUUAUGGAUGGGUGUCACCACACCAUGAGGAACUGUGUUAAAGGGUCGCGGCAUUAUGAAGAUUUAGAUUCACUGCUAUAAAUUGUUGAUAUUUUUUUUUUAAAUGGUAAAAGGGGGGCGGGGGGGGGCAUUAUUUACAUAUUUGAAUAUCGCUGAAUAAAAAUCACCAUGUUAUGAGAUAUGUUAUUAUCAGCAAGCAAUGGCGUAGCUAGGGUCAGUGCCGCCUUGGACGGGACACGCUUUUGUACAGCCCCUUCCACGAAAAACCCCCCUGAGCAUUUGGCCUUUGAUGCCGCUCCUCAAUAUAAGGGAAAACGGUGUCAUCCGGGGCGGACCACCCUCUCCGCACGCCACUUUCUACGCCACUAUCAAUAAGUACAAUUCAUAAAAAUAUACCGAAUAAAUUUUGAAAUAAAUGUUAUAUAAAUGGUUUUAUUUCAUUAAAAGCAUUUGCUUUUUUGGUAAUACGAUUAAAAUUUAUAAGUUAAUCUUAAUAAUCAUUAUAAACUUCCUAAAAGAUAAUUUAGAGUAAGUGGGCUCUUUCAAGGUGUGUUUAUCAAUGGGAUAAGAAUAGAUCCAGGAGAUUUUUUUUCCACAAAUCUAUCUGUGUCACUUACAUAAAAGAUGUUGUCGUAAUUCAACCAUGUGCCCCCAGGACUGUGUGCCAACAAGCUGAGCUUCUGCGAUGCUCUCCUCGCUGCCUUCCCUUACUACUGCUCCCACGCCAAAACCGUGACCGGCUCAGACCAGUACUGCGCGAACUCCUGCGGAGACUGCACAGGUCAGUUCCAGCACUGGCUCGAUCACGUGACAUACAUUAACAUGCUUAAAAGUAUGAUGGGAGGGGACAUAACACACAAUCUACAGAUUUAUUUAGGCGGACACAACACAUUUAUUAUUUUACAGAGGUGUCGCUGAAAUCGUGAUUUAAUCGUCAUAGAAUUUUCUUUUCAUCAAUUAUUCUCCACUCUGAUCGCUCAGGCUCACCAACCUGCUCUACACCCAGUAGCAGCAGCUACACCAGAACCUCCGCCUCGGCCACCAUUAACCCCGGACAGGUCAUGACCUUUGACUGCAAAACUGGGUACUACUACGCGUCCGGUGACAAGGCCAGGGCCUGCUCGUCCACUGGAAACCUGCUGGGAUCAGAGCUGGUGUGCUUAGGUGAGGGACGUCAGUGUGGAAAAACUGGUUCGAGUGAGGUACAGCUAGAACGAUGGACAUUAUUUGGGGUGCCAUCAGCCGAGACGAAUGAGUGUCAAAUGUUACUAAAUCAAUUAAAAUGGCAAUGUAUUUGGGGAAAUUAGGGGUAUCAAAGAGACGAUAUAUUUUUUCGUUUUUAUUUUAAACUUAAACCAUACAAUGGUUUUUUUAAUUAAAAAAAAAAGAAUUUUGAAGCGGGACUGUGCCCUAUACAAAAUCGAAAAGAUUAAUAUUGAUAAUUUACUCCAGUUUCAAACAAAUGCCGAGUCAUCAAAAUACAGCAUGUACCCGCAAAUAUGGCUGGAGUAUCUCAAAGGGUAUCUAGUUUUAAAUACGUUAGUGUCUUCAAAAUUGAUAAUGUAUUUUUUUUUAAAACUUUGUGAAGUGACCACCACCCCCCUUAAUAAAAACAACUAAAAUAGAAAUAGACAUAAUUAGAAAGCAUACGAUUUUUAAUCUCAAUGGUUAAAAUGUAAAUCGUUUAAACUCUGUGUACACAUAAGACAAAGAAAACAUAGAGAUCCAACAAACAAAAACGAUUAUAUUCUUCUAAUGAUCCAAAUAAAUAGAAACGUUUUUGAAUUGCAUUGAACAAAUUCAUAUUUAGCACAUAAAUAUAAACUUUGAACCUGAGGCGACAUUUCACAAUUACAACAAUUUAGACAGCAUACGUUUAAAGUAUUUCUCUUGCCUAAAUAGUUAGCAUUAUGAAAUAAAAAAAAAAGAACACUAAUUAAUGUGUGUUUUAUUUUCUCUUUUUGAAUUCUGGCGUAACAGCCCAACCUUCACCGGUUGACGUCAAUCUAAACUUUGUGGGCAAACGUUUGGACGUCUUGCCUGCUAAACUCGCUUUGCUCCUGGACAGAGAUGGCUACAGGUUCAAUUCAUUAUCAUCCUUUUAUAUGCUUUCAUCAUUGCAACUUCAAAAAAUUUUUUUUUUAAAUUAUCUUAGAUUUCUUUCUGAGUUCAAUAUCAAUGUAAUAGUCCCCCCACCCCCGCCUCCCCCCCUGCCCCCCCCCCCAAAAAAAAAUAUAUAUUUUUAAAAAAAAAUAAAGUUAAAAAAAUACAUCAUAGUUUUUACUGUACUUUUAAAUUUUAUAUUUGUACGAAAUAUGCAUGUUAAACUGUAAUUUUAACUUUUUUUUUUGUUUUUAGAAAAGUAAACAUUUAUUUUUUUUCUUUUAAAUAUUUUCCUGUUAAAUGAUGUUUUUUGUUAAAUAUUGUUUUAAAUUUUAUAAUUUUGCAAUGUUCCUAUGUUACAAUGUUACAGAGUUCCAUUCGCUGGAAAGAUCAGUACCUGGUACUACUACAGCAAGACACCGGGUGAUUUGAACUUCUUGGUGUAUAGGAACAACGGGUAGGAUAACUGCCCCCCACACCCUAUGUUAAUUGAAUUAAAUUCAUUCGUUAUAACAUCUCUGAAAUUCCAAGGGAUAAAUAUAACCAAAGACCUUUAGGACUACAUUGAGAUCUUCGAACAAAUUUAGUUUUUAAUUUCUUUUUGUUGUUUCUUCUUCGUCUAUAUAUAUCAAGGGCCCACGAUCAAUUUAUUGAUCCUUCUGGCUCCUAUGCAUGAAGAGAAGAUUUCAAAUGUUUCUGUGCAUGGCGUGGAAGAGAAUAUUUCGAUGGUAACGAGGGCUACUUAGUGACGGUAUCGUGUACUACGGUUUGGAAGGCCUGAGGCAAUACACGCAAAAGUUUCAAGUGUUUUCGCCCCAGCUGUUCUUUUUUGGGAGCUUCUUUUGUCUUGUCUGCUGAACAAGGCAUUCAGCCGUGAAGUCCUUUCAAUUGUCCUGUCUUUUUUUUUCUAGCCCUCACAUAUCUUGUUCCAAUUUUUUUUUCAAUUACCUCUAUAAAUAUCACUAAGGAUGAUAAAUAAAUACAAUAAAUGCAAUGAACUCAUUUAGCUUACAUCGCUAAUUUGUCUUUAAUUGGGUUCAGGGAAAAAUUAAAAGUUGAAACUCUCUCUUGGCACUGGUUCUAUCAAUACUUGUGUAACUGCACAGCUCAUAAUUGCCGAAUUUUUUUGUUACAUUUAUGAUCUUUCUGUCACAGCACUGCUUACAACUACAUUGGCGCCAACUCCAUCACUUCUGACGCUGACUACAGAUGGGGCUGGAAGGUUCCAACAGCCAAUCAGAUCACAGUGCAGGCCAACGACAUCGUCGGUGUCUACUCGACCGCCGCCAACAUCCUGUCCGUGACGGACUGCAACGGCGCCAUUGAACUUAUCUGCGUGUACCCCACGGCUUCCGCAAACACCCUGGCUGAGCUACCGACUAAACCUUACUCGACCACCAGCUGCUUGUGUCCAUCUCUAGGAUUCCGUGUGGACCCA